AAGGAUCUUUGCUGAUGGCUUUGUUCGAGUCCAGGAAACAUCAGAGUCCACAGAGUCCACAGCUCUAGAGUGUAGCUUGAGCAAGAUAUUUUGUUGGAAACGAACAUCAGAAAAUCCCAGGUUGACCUAGCAAUCUUUUGUUGGCCAUGGUCCACCAAUACCCACCAAGGCAAUCCACUAUGGUGCUUCCAAUCCUUUGCCUGAUGGUCCUGAUUAUCUCUCUGGAAGCAUUUUCCCUUGCUUCCCCGUUGCUGAAAACCAGAACAAGACACACAAUAUUGGGGGUAUCUUCUGUGGAUCCCCCUAAAAGUAGUGGUACUACCAGCCAAGGUAGCACGGCAGCGCAAUGGCACCGUGAUCGACGACAGCAAAUGUUGACUCGAUAUCCCGAAAUUAGCCAACUGGAAAAGACGGCCAACAGCCAAUCCGUCGGUGGGAGUUUUCUGGCACUGGCCAAUCUGUCCUUGACCUUAUUGGCCAUUCUCUGUGGGCGAUUGUCCAAUUGGAAAUUGACGUUUUUAUUGGCGCUCUUUCCAGGAUCCAUCUUUAGUCUGUGGCAAUUGCAAAUCUUGCACGACAAUCUACACGGAUCUUUGCUGGACAAAUCCAAACGGCAUUAUAAUUUUGGUCCAAUAAAAAUCCCCAAGAAAAAACUGCAGCAAUGGAUCCUCUUUUGGGGUAGCAUGCCUUCCAUUUUUGGAUAUUACCUGUAUCUCCAAUAUGGACAUUUGACACAUCAUCAAGCCGUGGGAAAUCCUCAGGCUGCCAAUCUGCAAACCAUUUUUGAAUCUUCGUCACCGUCGUUUGAAGAUGGCGAUGUCCUUUUUGUCGCACAUCGCAUGAAACUCAAGGGAGGAAUUGGACCACGCUUUACCAUUGGCAAAAAAGAAAUUGUCAUGUCCAUUUCCAACUUGGGCUUUCGACAAUGGAAAACAGGUCGCGCCUUGUUUAAUAUGGGAGUCUUUGCCACAUCCUUUCUUUACGAACGACUCUUAUUAGUAGUCAAUGAUAUUGUGGUGGCAGUCGCCGGCAAAAACUACUUUUUCCUGAACAAACCACCCCAAUUCCACAAGGAAUGUGCCCGUUACUGUCGUGCCGCGGUAGCAACACGAGCCUUGAUUUGGUGGUUGGGGGGCAAGUCCUGGCACUCGCUCUGGUUCCUUUAUCUGGCCGAAACACUCUGGAGUUUACCACCGCAUCCGGCUGCCGCCAUGUUUGUCACCAAUCACGGAUCGCGACCCAACAACAACAAAAUUCGGGCAUCACCCGAUAAUGCGUGCAUUCCCUCGUCGAGUACGUAUGCCGGCAAGUGGUAUUCGUGCUUGACCCUCGGGACCAAUUAUCAUUGCGAACAUCACGAUUUUCCAACCAUUCCAUUGCAACAGUUGGGGGCACUACGACAAAUCGCACCCGAGUUCUACCGCGAGGGAUCCAACGAUCGCUUGUGGCCCAUUAUGGUACAAGCAUUUGCUUAUCCAGAUUACUAUGCCUGCAUGAAUGAUAUGGAGAGUAUUCGGUAGUACGGCUGACUGAGUGCAUGGUGGGAAGAAGAAAGUUGCUUUUGGUUACGGCCCGGAUCGCCAAGAGAACAAACCAGUCAAGGCGAUGCAGAUUAUUUGACAAAGGCUUGUCUCUGGAUGACUCGACUCGCGAGGCCUGGGUAAACACGGCACGCAAUGCAACCAAGCCGAGAAUUUGGACGAUGAUUGAAUAACCCACACGAAAUCCUUGCAUUGCUUCGUUGUCGGCAUCGUCUCCAGGGCAAUCCUGCAACUGUGGUUCUUCCAACCCCCUGAGAAAGUUAAUUAAGAAUCAUCGCAGCUGCUACGGAUGGAAAGGUUCCAUGGAACUUACAUUGCUUUGUCUCAUACUCAUGGGCUUUCAGCGUUCGAUCUAGCGCCCGCACUCUCAUUGCUCUCUGGUUAGUUGCUGCAGGCGAAGCAGAUGGGUCCGGCUGGGUCUGCAUCCAAGUUUGGACUGGCUGUUUCGAUGCAGGCCGUUCCGGCAAACAUAAAGUCAACUUCCGGGUCAGCAUCUACCUUUGGAGUCCAGUCGCACAAGUCUUGGUUGAAAGAGCUGGCCCGGAGAAACAUGUUUCGGUCCUUUUCUGCAUUACUCAGGUCCCAGUCCUUGAUGUUGCCAUUGUUGAAAGCGGCAGCGUCUCGAAACAUGCCUUGGUAUCUCGUAUCAAGGGAAGUGCAUUGUUGAUUGGUUGGCUCUCAGAAAGGAAGCUUUAGCCUGUUGUUCUGAUCCGCGAAGCCACCGUAUCGAGUAUGCUUGAUUCUUUUUCAAUGCAUGGCUUUAUCACCGAGAGGCACAUGUCACGAUAUUCCGAUGCGAUGUGCGACAUACUCCCCGAGUUGAGGCAUCAGGUUUUGAAGACGUGGUAUCGGUACCGCUAACGAACCCAUCUUCUUGCUAGCACUACUAGCUAGCUACCGGUAUGCAUAGUAGCCUAUCUCUGAUCUUAGAGAUGCCCACGACAGUGAUCCACGCUCUGCUGUAGCUUCAAUACUUCCGUAGGCAUUCGUCGGAGGAGGUAUACCAGAUCUGCUAGCUAGCUAGUCACCUUAAGUCCUCUUCUGAAUAGCUUGCUUCUUGGGCAAAUUGUCCAGCACUCCAGUGGGCUCCCCUUUACAGUUGCCUCCGCGGCCUUUUCACCUAGAGGCGAUGGAUGCGUGCUGGGCAACACUCACAAGAGAAGCAUUCGCUUUGAUGCGCCCAUAAGCAACAGCUCGGUCAAGAGUGAACGUAAGCAACACUAAGAUCUUUCAAAGAGAGACCACAGAGCUGGUAGCAAGGCCAACAGCCAAUGUGUCAACUGGCCACAGAGUGACCUUGAUGCAUGGCAUUCCCAUUGUGGUCGCCGCGCAGCAGCGUUCUGUUUUGGGGCAAAUCACACUAGCUAUCAUAGAACUAUCUACGUAUAGCUUGUAGUGCAG